GAGAGAGAGAGAGAGAGAGAGAGAGAGGAGCGAGUCAGGAGGCAACAAAGAGCUAAGAGCAAGCUAAAAGACCAGGCUUUCUAAAUUGAAGAUGGCAAUGUGCUGGCUUGCCACGGGCAGAGAACCAGCUAAAUACAAGAGAGCUCUUCCACCAGCUCAUUUUUCAUUGAAGAUUGAAUCAUUUUCCGCAUUAUCAAGUUUGGACAAGGACAAGUAUGAUUCCGAGGUAUUCAAAGCUGGGGGCUAUAGAUGGAGCCUAUCUCUUUACCCUAAUGGAAACAAGAAAGAUAAUGGAUCGGGAUACAUUUCCCUCUAUUUGUCCAUCGAGGAGAGAGAUAAACUUGCUGACGGGCUGAAGGUUCACAUCAACUACAAGCUUUUUGUGUACAACAAGUCACGAAAGGAGUACUUGACCAUCCAAGAUGCUGAGGGGGCAGUGAGCAGCUUCCACCGCUCGAAGACCCAACGCGGGUUUCCUCGGUUUCUUUCCUUGAAAAAAUUAAAAAAAGAUGGAUACCUUGAAGGGGACUCUUGUACAUUUGGGGCUGAGGUUUUUGUCAUCCAACCUGCCCAGCUGAGGGAGGAGUCUUUUACCUUGACCAAAUACCCGACUCAAAGAACACACACAUGGAAUAUCCAAGGCUGGUCCACAUUGGGCACACGUCGCCAUUCCAACGAGUUUACCAUCGAAGGAAGGCAAUGGAAGUUAUUGGUGGAUCCCAAAGGCAAUACCGACAGUAAGGAAAAGUCGAUGUCCGUUUACUUAGAAGUGCAACGCCUUACUGGGAAGAUGAAAGUGUAUGCGGAAUUCAGCUUGCGUGUGUUGGACCAACUCAAAAAUAAACACAAGGACCAUGAAUUUAAAUGCUGGCUAAGUGCCUCACAUCCCAGAGGGGGUGAUGCAAACUUUAUGCCCUUGAGGGAUCUCCUGAAGAAAUCGGGAAAAGGGUUCGUUUCCAAUGAUACUCUGAUUGUUGAAGUCCAGUUCAGCAUCAUAUCAGCCUAGCCAAUCUUAAAGCUUGUAGGAGUUUGAUGACUUACUUCAAUGUUUAUUGUGUCAAAAUUGAUUCCUUCAGAAUAAUGUGUACCGACCAAAUUGGAGUUGACAUUGGUACCCCCAAAACCAUGUGAGUUUUUUUUUGUUUCCUAAUUUGGUUACUUAUCUGAUCACUAGAUCGAGUGUUAACGUAUAAAAACUACAUGUUGGCUAUAGUUUGGUUGAUCUGAGCAUUGGAAAGCCUAUCUUUGGGAGUCUGUGAUAUAUUUUUCUGGAU